UGGGUUAUAUUGUGCGGAACCGAUAAGAGCGUUUUUAUAAUUUGAGGUGUUAAAAAUGUCUUCUUUAAAGCCGCAAGAAGCACCAUCAGUUGUAUCCCGGAAAGUCCUGAAAGUCCACCGUAAAAACGAUAUCGAGGUGUUCUUACUGAACGAGCGAAUGAAGACAAUGGAUCUACGGCAGAGUCAACGUUACUUGGAGAUCGAUUUGGAGAAGGAUUCUCUCAAUAAAACUAUCGACAAUAUACAGGCGAUUAAACAGAACCCUGGCCUUAGCACAGAAAGGAGGAAAUUGUUAAAAUCUAAAGGGUACACUAUCAGCGUUUUAGCCGGUGACCCCGAAGAUGAGAUUUUACUGAAAAAGAAAUCGCUACAAAUCCACGCUGGAAAUUGGGCAACUUUGCUGUUGAGACCCCCCAACGUUGACCAAAACCUCGAGGAAGAAUGUAAAAAUGAACUUGCGGAAAUGGAUGUCCCUAGGCCGCAACCAAUACAUAGUCCAAGACGGAAUCCCGCAGAUGUUGUGCCAAAGAAAAGGCGACCUUUCUCGGCUGAUUUUAUACUUGGUUCUCGAAUACAACACAAAUUCCGUGACAUUGAGCCCCCAGUUAGGCAAGGAUCGAGAAGGAACUUCGUGCAACUCUCUGAAGAUCAUUUGCAGAAGGAAUUUGCAACAAGCAUCGCGAAGAGUUAUGCUGUUAAAGCCUGCAACGAGGGCUGCAUUCACAAUAAACGCGAUUGCGAGAAAUGCCCGGAGCCUUUUGAUGGACACUUUAUGAAUGCUGUCAUACAAAAUGGCGCUACCGCUAAAAAGGCGCAUUUAUAUUCCAAGAACCACAAAAAGGUUCAUACAAGUUUAGAUAAUUUAGGCGAAAAUGGACGAAAGGAUAGAAGAAUGCGAUCUAAAUCUCUUAUGACUGCUGCGGAAUUAGUUUUCUACAAAGACGGAAAGAGUUGUUCGACGAGGCUUGACUCAUGCGAAGAGGCUGACCCCGAAAAGACCUUAAUAGCAUUUUCCAAUAGCUUGCCGGUCGCAAGUGAAAACAAAUCGGAUGCCAAAUGUGAUUUUGAUCGAUCGCUAAACGUCGUUUCCUCUGAUGAAGACGAUAGAGGAACUGUUGUGCAGGUAGGGGUUGGUCCUGAUUACCACAGUCUCUCAAUGGGCUUAGUCAAUAACGAGAAUAAGAUUAUUGCAACAGCUGGCCAUGCUACACGGGAGACAGGACAUCAAGCCUGCGCGCCACGCUCAGUAGAGAACAAAUCUGGUUUAUAUAGCAAAAGCACAGAUCAUUUGUCAUCAGCCAAUGUUGCGCGCAAUGAUGGAUCACGAUGUAAAACUACGAGACCAAAAAGUGUUGAUAUAUCGUCCAACCGAAACCUUGGUAUGCCGAAGAAUGCUUGGACUAACGAAGGAGAACGCAGCUCUCUUAUUAAACAAGAUGUUUGCAAUAAUAAUUCCUUCCCGUUGCCAGGUGACAUACACGGAAGUAGAUGCAAUGUUAAAGACGGAUCUAAAAGCAGUUCUAGCCACGACAAAUGUAAUAGGUCACAAGAGGCUGAUAGUACCCCGGAACCGCAUCUUGAUGUUACGGAUUGCGCGGCAAAGGAGCCUUUAUCAACGCCUAAAGACCCUAGCAACCCAGCACCGGGUGCGUCAAAACAAGGGGUGCACAAGAAGCAUGGAAAGCAUCGUAAAAGAAUACACAAAGCACACAAGGUUGAGCCUACGUCAGGAUUGCAUUCACUUUUUACCGCUAAAUGUCAUACGCACGAGAAAACGUCACCCACUCAUGAACCAAGGAGUAAGGACGAGGUUUCCUACGCUUAUGACGCGCGCCCGGAAAAGUCCCUUAGUAAGGGUUAUACGACAAUGCAAAUGACUGUGGGGGGUAGACAGGUGAAGGUUUGUAUACCAAGCUUCCCAUCAGAGGUCGCAAAGGUUAGAGGACCUAAAAAGCAGAGUGUAAGGUCCUUGAAUAAUACAGUAUGACUCGAUGGAGGUGGGGGAGGGUGUGUUUGGAUGCUGUUAUCAUGUCAUAUCUUUCUAGGUCAAACAUAUAGCCCGGGUUCGACUUGUGCUCCAGUGUCUACAAAAAAUAACCUCAAUUCGAAGCUGUCUUCUACAGUAGAUGUAUUAGAACUGGACUGGCUUGGUGCUAUGUGUCUUGUAAUAAGCACUGGAGUAUACAGUAUAUCGAACCUAGGCUAUUGCUGUCGCUUUCCAAAUUUUGUCUGAGCCUGAGGCGAAAGCGCGACAAAGGCCUGUGACGACAGUUAUUGUCAAGGUCUCUAUUUCAAGACGGCGGCAGUAACAAACACACCUGCUAGAAUUCAAGGAAAUUCCUAAUAAAGACGGUCGACGAGCUGAAAAGGGACGGUUGUCAGACAACGUUGUUUCGUAUGGAGAUGACUUUGCAGAAGUCCAUCAGUAUUAGGACAAGAGGACUAUACAGUUAACACUGCCUUCAAGUAUGAAUUAUGUACUUACAUUUUAACUAUAAGACAUAUUUCAAUACAAAUAAUGUACAUAAUUUUCCUAGCAGUUGUGAUCUGAGGGCUGUAGUCUUUUAGGAUCUGGAUUCUAGGAAUAUGAUGCUUUCAGUUUCUUGCUCAUAUAAGAGAAAUUUUACGGUUUGGGUUUUGGUACCCAUUAAAGCACCAGAGCCUCCAGAAUGUCCAUUGAAAUGUUCGCUCGUCACGGCAUUUUGGCCGAGCGUCACUGGACGAGAGAAGUCUGGAGGCUCUGGUACCCAGGGUAGAGUUGUGACAACCCAUAACAAUUAAUUUUUUUAACAGUUUUUUAAACCACGUGCACAAGAAAUUUGUCUAGUUUUAUUAUCCGGGCCAUUUGGAUGUCUGCUUUGAAUAUAUUCAAUAAAAUGCCUUGCAUUUCAAGGCAAUCCAUAAUGACA